AUCCCAAUUUUACAACAAGCUCAAGCCGUCGCUUCCAGGCCGCUAUUGCUCUACGCCAGUCCCUGGACGUCCCCCGUCUGGAUGAAAACCAACGGUGCCAUGACGGGUCGCGGUACUCUCAAGGGCCAACCGGGCGACAGAUAUCACAAAACCUGGGCAAACUAUUUCAUCAGGUUCCUGGACGAAUACGCCAAGUAUAACCUGACUUUCUGGGCCAUAACAGCUGGGAACGAGCCCACAGCUGGAGACAUUAUCUUCUACCCUUUCCAAUGCCUGGGGUUUUCCCCCGAACACCAGAGAGAUUUCAUCGCCGAAGACCUGGGACCGGCCUUGGCCAACAGCAGCUACAAGGGCAUCGAGCUGAUCAUUUUGGAUGACCAGAGGGUGAUGUUGCCUUACUGGGCCGAAGUGGUUCUCAAGGACCCUAAGGCUGCCCAGUACAUCAACGGGAUCGGGAUCCACUGGUACCUGGACUUCUUGGCCCCCAUCGACCUGACGCUGUCCAUGACCCGUCACCUCUUCCCCAACUAUUACCUGAUCUCCACCGAGGCCUCUACGGGCUCCUAUUUUUGGGAGCCCCGGGUGGUGCUGGGCGGCUGGGACCGCGGCAGCAAGUACAGCCACAGCAUCCUGACGAAUCUCAACGAUUACGUCACCGGCUGGACAGACUGGAACCUGGUUUUGGACAUGGAAGGGGGACCCAACUGGAGCAAGAAUUAUGUGGACAGUCCGGUGAUUGUAGACAAGGAGAAAGACGUCUUUUACAAGCAGCCGAUGUUCUACCAUAUGGCCCAUUUCAGGUGAGCUCAGAUUCUGCUUCUAGAUUUUUCUUUCUCUGCGUUUCCAUUUGUGUAUUUCAUAUU